GGAAAGGAGAGUAGGCCUUGAAGAGUUAAGGGAGGAGAGUGAAGUUUGUGAUAGAUGGACAAGUCUCCGAUCACACCAGAAAUUAGAGCCAAAGCUGAGGUGUAUGUUGGAGAUGAGGUUUGUCAAGAGAAAUUCCAGCUGUUGCUGAGGGAGGUAGGAUUGCCUAGUGGUCUCCUCCCAGUAAAAGAUGCAGAAGAAUGUGGGUACAUAGAGGAAACAGGCUUCGUUUGGCUGAAACAGAAGAAGAAGACUGAGCAUAAAUUCAAGUCGAUUGGGAAGCCAGUGUCCUAUGCACCCUAUGUCACAGCCCAUGUUGAGAAAAGCAGGAUCAAGAAGCUGACCGGAGUAAAGGCCAAGGAGCUCUUGAUCUGGGUCACCAUAAGCGAGAUUUACGUCGACGAUCCACCCACCGGCAAGAUCACCUUCAAGACUCCGACGGGUAUGACCAGAACCUUUCCUGUUUCUGCAUUCGAGAUCCAGGAGGAGGUCUAUAAGGAAGCGAAGCAAACCAAGGAAGCUAAUGCCACAAUUACAGUAAAUGCCAAGUAGUGAAGUGAAAGCCUGAUUAAUGAACUCGCUAGUUUUCUCUCUCUGUACGUUUGUUAUUCUGCUUUUUCUCCUUUUUUAAGUGUGCAUGGGUCGACUUUUCUUAACCCACCCAAUAAUAAUCCCUCCAAUAAUUGAAUAAAUUUGUCUUAUUUUCAUCCA